AUGGAGGACGACGAUAAAAAUCAUAUGAUUAUGAAUCCUUUUAAGACGCCGGAGAAGGAGUCUGAGGAACACGAGGAGUAUGAAAAUCAUGGUAAUGUUGAAGGACAUGGGAACGAGGGAAUUGCUUCUGCUGAAGAGGAAGAAGAGUUUGAGGAACGUUAUGAGCAUGAAAUAGAGCAAUCAGUGGCUGACUUUGUGGAUGAAGAGUUCUUUGGUCGAAAUACUAUUCCUGACAGCUCCGAUGAAGAGGAAGAUGAUUUUGAUACGAGGGAUAGAAAACGCAAGAAGACAUCAGAUGAUAAAUUAGAUGUGGGAACUACUUUCUGGUCGGGUUUUGAGUUCAAAGAGGCUGUCUUGGAUUAUGCUUUGAACAAAGGUAGAAACAUUCAGCAACAAAGAUGGGAUAAGACAAAGCUUAGCUUUAAGUGUGGUAUUAAGGGAAAAUGUAAAUGGAGGGUCUAUUGCUCAUAUGAUAAGUCAAGUCAGAAGUUGAUAGUGAAGACUCGGUACAAGUAUCAUAGCUGCACGCCUAAUGGAAAGUGUAAGCUUCGUAAAAGCCCGGUUAUAGCUAGAUUGUUUCUUGAUAAAUUGAGAGAGAACAGUGCUCUCAUGCCAGAGAAGAUUCAAGAACAGAUUAAAGAAAUUUGGAAACUGAUAGCAUCAAGAAAUCAAUGCAAAAGAGGAAGAACACUAGCAUUGAGAUGGCUUGAAAAGGAGUAUGCAGACCAGUUUGCGUACCUCAGAGGUUAUGUUAAAGAAAUUGAGAAGACCAACCCGGGUUCGAGUGUAUUUUUUGAUACUGUCCAUAAUGCUGCAGGAGAGGAUGUAUUUGAUCGGCUUUAUGUUUGCUUUGAAAACCUUAGAAGGUGUUGGAGAGGGACUUGUCGUCUGAUCAUAGGGCUUGAUGGCACGUUCUUAAAAGUCGCUGUGAAAGGUAUUUUACUAACUUCUGUAGGACGUGAUGGUAAUAAUCAAAUAUAUCCUUUCGCUUGGGCUGUGGGACUCAUAAGCGCUAUCAAAUCUGAGUUACCAAAGGCGGAGCAUAGACGAUGUGUGAAGCAUAUUGUAGAAAAUCUGAAGAAGAAGCACAAAAAUAAAGAUUUUCUGAAACCAAGGGUGUGGAAUCUAGCUUGGAGAUACAAUACUACAGAAUACAAGGAGAAACUCGAGAAGUUGAAAGACUAUAGCAUGUCUUUGUAUGAAGAUGUGAUGAAAGAGGAACCAAAGACUUGGUCCUUGGCGUAUUAUAGACUUGGAAGCUUUUGUGAUGAUGUUGACAACAAUGCCACUGAGUCAUUUAACGCUACUAUUACCGCAGCUAGAGCUAAGGCGAUCGUGCCCAUGUUGGAGACAAUUAGAGGGCAAGCAAUGCUAAGAAUCGCAAAAAGGAACAAAAAAUCAUUGAGGCGUCAAGAGAAAUUUACAAAGUAUGUGGUUAAAAUUCUUGAAUCUGAGAAAGAAGAUGCCGACAAGUGCAUCACCACUCCUUGUACUCAUGGUGUGUUUGAGGCACGUCUUUCAGAAACUACAUACGACGUUAACACUACUAGGAUGACAUGUACAUGUGGAACAUGUACAUGUGGAAAGUGGCAAAUCACAGGAAUACCUUGUGAACAUGCAUAUGGGACAAUGAUAGAUGCCAACUUAGAUGUGGAGAAAUAUAUAUCCGAAUUUUUUUCCACAAGUAUAUGGCAAAUGACUUAUAGUGACUCUAUCAAGACGGUUAGAGGACCAAGGUUUUGGAUGAAAAAGGGUUUGUACAGGUUAGUUGUUGAACCACCUGAGCCUUUACUUCCUGGGAGAAAAAAGAAAAAGAAGCAAAAGAAGUUUCCAAGAAUCAAAGGAAAACACGAAUCACCUAAGAAGAAAAACAAGAAACAAGCUGAAAAAAUUGGAAGACAAGGACGCACAAUGCAUUGCUCCAAAUGUGGAGAAGCUGGUCACAAUGCAGCUGGAUGUAAAAUCCACCCCAAGAAGAAAAUGAAGACUGAAUCGAAAGAGCAUACGCUAAAAGUUCUUCUGGUGCUGAAGUCAUUCAAGUGA